UAUAUCAACGCACUCAAAUUGCAAACGAAGAUUGUGAGUGGAAAAGACAACAUUAGCCAAAAUGAAAAUAACAAAAACGAAAAGAGUAAAAGUACUCCGAUUGCUGCAGAAUUUGAAUAUCCAGCUUAUGCCCACGCUUGCUAUCCGGAGUGUAUUUAUCGUGAGACAGGUGCUAUGGUCAAAAAUGAAUUCAAUUUGGAAAAUGUCAAAAAAUUCCUAAACAAAAGUGUCACUCAAGGCGACAAGGAUAUGGUGCCGCAGAUUGUGCGCUCUUUCGAGGCAUGCCUGGAUAAUAUCAAGGGUCACAUGGCAGCAAUGGGUAUCAAAACGUACGCCAAACUGCCGAUGGGUUGCUCACCUAUUGCCAGCAUAAUGUACAGUUGUGUAAACGCCGAAACCUUCAUCCACUGUCCCGCCAAGAUGUGGAAAGACGAUCAACCCUGCAAUGCAGCGAAGAGCUUUGCAGCACAAUGUAAUCCACUGCCGCACGUGCCACUGCCAAUUGGCUAAAGCCGCGAUGACGAGUGGAGCCACAUCCUGGGGCGGAGAGCAGAAAGUUGAUGAAAUUAUAAAUUUAGAUUUGCAAUAACUUUUUAUUAUGUACGAGUAUCAUCUUUAGACAUCUUUGAUGUUUGUUUUAAUAUAUACUUGUAAACGUG